GGCUCGGGGCAGGAUGGCUUCUAGCUGAAGACGAUUCCUGGCACCACUGCCGCUGUCACUCCUCUCUUCCCCCUUCCCCGCCCGCCGCAGACGUGAUACUAAAGCCGCUUGGGCCAGCUGCCCUAAAUAGAAGCUGCCGGCAUGGAGCAAGCGACAGCGGCCCAGGCCUUGGAGCAGGUGCCAUCAUUGAACAAUGGCCUCGAGCAUCAGGAAGAAACAGGCCCCGCCUCAUCUCUGGACAUUGAGGAAUCUGCUUUGAAAGCCAAUGUUGUUGUGCAGGAAGCCAAGGAUUUGACUGCCAGUGACAAAGAAGUGAAUUUGAUAAUGACAAAUGUAGUGGCAGAUGGCAGAACUGAGAGGCAGGACCCAGAGCCAACGGUGUUUGAUGCUGAGACUGCAACACACAUUGGCAAAGUGACAGCUGCAGAUGCCAUUGCUGUUGAACUGGAUUUCAAGUCAACCCAUUCAGAGACCAAAGACUUGGACAGAGCUCACAGCAACAGUGGAGCAGGCAAUGACAUGAUACCCCAAGGUAGGAUUAAGGAUUGGAGUACCACAGCAAGCACACGGAUUUCAGAAGAUACAGGUCAGUUUAACAAAGGCACAGUCCUGAGUCCCAGCACUGGAGUAACAUCAGAGGACACAAAGCUUGAACAGGCCAAACAGGAAGAUGAUGAUGAUGUCAUUUCCCUCGACUGUGAAAUUCUUGGGUUUGGUCCUGAUAUUGAAUUCCUGGGCCCAGAUGCUGAAAUCUAUAUGCAGUUCAUGCGGAGUCAUCGCUGUUAUGAUGCUAUUCCCACCAGUUCCAAACUGGUCGUGUUUGAGACCACUCUGCAGAUUAAAAAGGCGUUCUUGGCCCUGGUGGCUAAUGGGGUGCGAGCCGCUCCUCUUUGGGACAGCAAGCAGCAGUGCUUUGUGGGUAUGCUGACCAUCACUGAUUUUAUUAACAUUUUACAUCGCUAUUAUCAAUCUCCUCUGGUCCAGAUAUACGAGAUUGAGGGGCACAAAAUUGAAACUUGGAGAGAGGUGUAUUUGCAGGGUUCCUUCAAGCCUUUGGUGCAUAUUUCUCCAAACCACAGCCUCUUUGAUGCGGUUUAUUCCUUGAUUAAGAAUAAGAUCCACCGACUGCCUGUGAUUGAUCCCAUCUCAGGAAAUGUCCUGCACAUCCUGACCCACAAGCGCAUCCUCAAAUUUCUGCACAUCUUUGGAGCCAUGCUUCCAAAGCCACGCUUCUUCCAGAAAACCAUCCAUGAGCUGGGCAUUGGUACUUUUCGUGACAUUGCUAUAGUGUUAGACUCCGCUCCUAUCUACACAGCUCUGGAGAUUUUUGUGGACCGCAGAGUCUCGGCGCUGCCUGUGGUUAAUGAAAAAGGAACGGUAGUUGGCCUCUAUUCCCGCUUUGAUGUGAUUCAUCUGGCUGCCCAGAAGUCUUACAACAACCUGGACAUUAGUGUGGGGGAAGCCCUGAAACAGCGCUCAGUCUGCCUAGAAGGGGUCCUUACAUGCCAUCCCCAUGAAACUCUAGAAGACAUAAUUGAUCGUAUUGCCAAAGAGCAGGUCCAUCGCCUGGUUCUGGUGGAUAAGAAGAACACUCCGCGGGGGAUCGUGUCCCUCUCAGAUAUUCUCCAAGCCUUGGUGCUCACACCCGCAGGCAUCAACUGCUAUUCCCUCUGACAGUGUGCAAGGACUCCUGGCUACUUGAUCUGCUGCUACUGCAUCAAUGACUCCUGGGGGGCAGUAAGAGAAGCUCUAACAGCUAUGAAGAAGGCCUAG